UCCACAGUUCAGCACGGAGUCCAAACAUCUGCGGGACAAAACUGUCCUGAUCUCCGCUUCUGUUCGUUUAUCCUCCUCUCUGGACCAUUUUUUAAUGCUCGGUUCUUCACAUGGAUGCGACGAGACGCCAGGACUGCAACGCGGAGGGCGACGGCCUGUCCUCGUCCACGGCCAACUACGGCUCCACGGACAGCAGCGGCGAGCACGAGGGCGACGCCCACGUCGGUAACCAUGGCAACCACGGCGGCCACGGCGACCACGGGUUUCCCACGACGACGGCCGGUCACUGGGUCCGGGCCGACCAGGAGGAGGAGGCGCUCCGCAGGAAGCUCAAGUACUUCUUCAUGAGCCCCUGCGAUAAAUACCACGCCAAGGGACGCAAGCCGUACAAGCUGAUCCUGCAGCUGCUGAAGAUCGUCAUCGUCACGGUUCAGCUGGUUCUGUUCGGCCUCAGCAACCAGAUGGUGGUGACGUUCAAGGAGGAGAACACCAUGACCUUCAAGCAUCUCUUCCUCAAAGACUACGACGAGUCCCUGGACGACUCCUUCUCCGUCUACACGCAGGAGGACGUCUACGACCACAUCUUUUAUGCCGUGGACAAGUACCUGACGUUGCCGGAGACCACGGUGGGACGCUACGCGUACGUCUACGACGUGGGCGUGAACGGCAGCGCGCUCUCCCUCUGCCAGCAGUUCUACAAGAAGGGCCGCAUCGACCCGGCCAACGACACCUUCAGCAUCGACCCCCGCGUCAUCUCAGAUUGCGUGGGCGUGAACCCGAUGACGGCCCCCCUGAUGACCGUUCCCCCGAUGGCCGCCCCCCCGGACCCGCUCACCAGCUACAAGAACUUCACGCUCAAGUUCCACAAACUGAUCAACGUUACCAUCCAGUUCCAGCUGAAGGCGAUCAACAUCCAGAGCAUCAUCAACAACGAGAUUCCCGACUGCUACACGUUUUAUAUAACGAUCGCUCUGGACAACAAGGCUCACAGUGGGAAGGUGAAGAUCUGGCUGGAGAACGAGGCCAAAAUCAAGGACUGCAAAGACCCGAGUGUCUCCGGACACGCGGAGAACUACGCCCGCGUGGCCUUCGACGUGGCGGUGGCGCUGGUCUGCCUGCUGUCCCUGCUGCUCUGCGGCCGCUCCAUCCUGCGAGGAAUCCUGCUGGAGCAGGAGUACGUCCGCUACUUCAGGGAGAACCUGGGCCGUAAGGUGGUCUGGGGCGACCGGCUGGAGUUCAUCAACGGCUGGUACAUCCUCCUCAUCAUCAGCGACAUCUUCACCGUCACCGGCAGCGUCAUCAAGAUCGGCAUCGAGUCCAAGACGCUGUCCUCGUAUGACCUGUGUGGGAUCCUGCUGGGAACCUCCACGCUGCUGGUGUGGGUGGGCGUCAUCCGCUACCUCACCUUCUUCCAGAAGUACAACAUCCUCAUCAUCACCCUCCGGGCGGCGUUCCCCAACGUGAUCCGCUUCUGCUGCUGCGUCGCCGUCAUCUACCUGGGCUACUGCUUCUGCGGCUGGAUCGUCCUCGGCCCGUACCACGUCAAGUUCCGCUCUCUGUCCAUGGUGUCGGAGUGCCUGUUCUCCCUGAUCAACGGGGACGACAUGUUCGUGACGUUUGCGGGGAUGCAGGCGAGCAGCCCGCUGGUGUGGCUGUUCAGCCAGGUGUACCUGUACACCUUCAUCUCCCUCUUCAUCUACAUGGUGCUGUCUCUGUUCAUCGCCCUGAUCACCGGGGCCUACGAGACCAUCAAGCAUCAAACCCACGAACCGCUGCACAUCACGGACCUGCACGCCUUCAUCGCCGAGUGCACGGACGCGCCGAGCUCGGGGAAGUUCAGGGGUCUGGAGACGUCGCCCUGCUCCGUCUUCUGCUGCUGCGACAGAACCACGACGUAUGAAGACGUCCUGCUGGUGAACUGAGCCUGACGACAGACGACAGCUGACCGUGGAGGCCCCGCCCCCUCCCAGUGACCACGCCCCCUCCCUGUGGCCACGCCCCCUGCGUAUCAGCUGUGUAUCUGGGUCAAACGGGACUCGUCUGCAGGGGCAGCUCCAUCUUUCAGGGCCCGGACCCCCCGCGGGGGAAACUGUGGACGGAUUAAGGGCUGGACCUUUUCCUCUCCACGAUCAGGACGUUGAUCAUGUUUUUAUUGCUGUUUAGAACGAGUACAGUAUUGUUUUUCUUAUUAUUUAUUGGUGUCACUGCUGAACCAGCAGCACAGAGACCAAGUUCUUUCAUGAGAACUGCAAGCUUUGUUGUUUUUAUGUCGUUUUAUCUGUGUUUUCCUUUUAUAGUCUCUAAGAUUACCACAUUU